CUCACCUGACAAUAGAUAUGUCAAUUCCAUGGUUCUUCAUGAAUUUGAGCUUUUCAUCCCUCUCGACAUAGCUUGGGCCCACAGGCCUUCCCCCACUGGGUUCAUCUUUGAGAAUAACAAGUCUCUCCUCUUUCUGGCCAUCAUCACGAGUCCGGGUGAUGAUUUUAGGUAGAUCUGUCCGCUUCCUCAACAACGACGCGUAUCUUGGAAGAUAAAGAUGCGUAUGGACGUCAACAACGAAUCGCUUGGAAGCCAUUGGGAAGGAGUGUAAUGGCACAUGGUAAUUGUCAAAGUAAAGAAGGAUUCCGAAAUUCUCACAGUGCAUACGUGAAUUCAUAUGGCCCCUUCAAUCCCCGAGCAGCUUUCACAUAUCAAGGACCAAUUAACGAGCCUUUCACAAUCAUUCGAAUUGAUCCAGCAGAGGUGGGAGCAGGAGAAUGUCGAGGCUGAUACUCUUCGGAAAGAGCUCAGCUCAGCCAGAGCUCUUAAUGAAAGAUUUCAAAUUCGGAACCAAAAUCUAGAGGCUCAAUUAGCGCAAAGAAAGUCUAGCCGUGCCAGGCAUACCCUUGGACGACUCCUGCGAGAAGAUGUGGCCAGAGCCAAUGCAAGGCUUACUCACGCCCGCGAACACGACAUAAUUUCCAACUCAGACUCUGUGGGUGACGACGUCGAGAGUGAAUAUGGAUCUGUUGGCACCAGUCUCUCAACGGUACGAGGGCAUGACCGUGAUUCAGAAUCAAGGGUAGCAGCAACGGACUCUGAAGAGGAAGAUAGAAAAUCAGGAGAAGUGCCCGAUGAUUACCUCUCGCCCUCAAGUCAAACGAAACCCGGCGCCUUGCCUUCAAGUUCUCCUGGACCAUCAGAUAAUCGAGUCGGUCAGAUUGCCACGGAUAGUCGCACCGUCAAGUCCCCAGCCUCCUCGAUCAAACGCUACCACGAGACCGCUUCUGUGACGAGCGCAUCGAGUACUCUAUCUUCAGAUUUUAUACCAGAAAGCUUUGCCGUCCAAUCCAAUGCUCCUCAAUGGACAAUACAGAUUCAGAAACCUCCUGUAUCGGCAAGGGUCAGAUGUGGUCCUAUGAAAGGGUCGCACCUGUCCCAAAAGCUUGGUAUCGAGGAGGAUACGGUCAUCUCUCUUAGAAGUUUGUUGUCGAACGACAAUCUAGGUCUAGGUGUACGAAUCCAGGGUGACUGUGCGUUCGUAUACGAUCCAAUCUUCCUCGAGAACUUAGAUACAACCACUCCGAUGACGUAUCUGUUUGAUUGGGGGGAUGUAGAGGCCAACCAGAAUAUUACACAGUAUAUCCAGGAAAAGAACGAACAAAAAGACGCAAUCUUUCAUACCUUUGUCUAUAUCUUGAAACCUAGACGAUGGUACUAUGUAGGAGCACAGAAAUGGGCUCAUACCGAUUUGAGCUGGAACAUAUGGGAGACAUUUGGGCAACGGGAUCACAUACGCUAUAGAGUGAUCCAACGUCUUUACGACCAUUGUGGCAAGAAGAUAGAACGCGAAACGAUCGCCGAAAUGUUGGACAGUGGAGCUUUGAAGCAAAUUUGUAUCCAUCUCUCCGGUGGUGAUAGUCAUAUAGACUCUUCCAGAACGAUGUGCAUAGCAAUGGGUUACUCCCCACCGGAAAAUUAGGUUGCACCAUUCGAAUAAAAAGAUGAACGUAUGCUACGCGUAUCAUCUAACUGUGAUUCCGUAUGCCAUUCAAUGCCAUUUAUGGCAUUCUCUUGCGGUACCUGAUACUUUAAUCUCGCGGACGUAGCCGGAUUUCAAUUAGCCGAACGGGGCCUGA